CCCCACUCCUCCUCUCCCCGCUCUACCUCGUCUUUUGCCCCCUGCCUCCUGCUCCUUCCGCCUGCCUGGCAACCAAAGUCGGCUCGAGGAACCGCCGCCACGCCCGCGCCCGGCGUGUCCCUCUCUCUUUUUUUUUCUCCUCCUUCCUCUGCUUCUCCCCUCUUUAGGUGCCCGCGAGCGCGCGUUCAUCCAACAACCACGCCCGAUAUACACGCGCACUGCCACACACGCACUGCCGCACACAUAUACACAUAUAUCUAGAGACACAUUCAACAUGAGUGGCAACGCCGCCAUCCGCAAGGCACGAGCCCGCCAGGCCAUGGCAAAAAAGCGCGCUACACAAAACCCACCGCCCAUCCCGAAACCCAGCAACACCCACCGGAACCCCUCCACCUCAAGCUCCUACUCGGACUACUCGGACUACUCGGAUGACGACUCGCGGUCGAGAUCCCGCGAGUCGUCACUUUCUCCCGGCCGCCGUGAUGACAGCCCCCGGUCCAAGUCACCCACGCGCCAUCACCACCACUCGUCCUCCGGCGCGGCGGACCACAACCAGCCCACCGCAUCCGGGCCCCCGACGCGAUCGCGCUCCCGGUCAAACCCCCGGCUGUCGCGCUCUCGGUCACGGUCUCGGUCUCGGUCUCGGUCUCGGUCCCCUUCCAGCACUUCGUACCGACGCUCGGUGACCCCCUCCUGUCCGUAUGACCUGGGCACCGGCUACUCGGACAGCGAUUCCUCGAGCUCCGACCGCGAUGAGGACCCCCAGGACUACUGCAAUGGUGGCUACCAUCCGGUCCAAAUUGGCGAGCUCUUCCACUCCUCGCGCUACAGCGUCAUCGGCAAGCUCGGAUGGGGGCACUUUUCCACCGUCUGGCUGGCCCUCGAUGAACAAACUGGCGACCAUGUUGCUCUCAAGGUUGUCAAGAGCGCGCGUCGGUACUCGGAAACCGCGCGCGAUGAAAUCCGCCUGUGCCGGCGUGUGGCCGAUCGCGCGGUCGAUCGCCGGCCACGGCGCAACUACACGGCCCCCCCGCCCGGGGCCAGCGCCGAUGUCGCCACAUCGGCCGCCGGCUCCUCGGACCCUGGGGCCCCGGGCAUCCCCGACUCCGGCAUCGGAGCCGGCACUGCCUCCUCCGGCGCCACCACCACCCUCGCCGCCGGCAACCGGCCGAUGUCCUUCCUGGCGCCGGAGCCCCAGUCGGACGCCGAGCUGGCCCAAUAUGUGGUGCGCAUGCGGGACAACUUCGUGCACGCCGGCAACAACAGCCGCCACGUGUGCAUGGUCUUCGACAUGAUGGGCCGCAACUUGCUGUACCUCAUCCGGCGCUUCAAGCACCGGGGCCUGCCCCUGGCCAUGGUCCGGACCAUUGCUCGGGAUGUCCUCCGCGGGCUGGACUACCUGCACCGGGUGUGCGGCAUCAUUCACACCGACCUGAAGCCGGAGAAUGUCCUCAUCGGUCUCGGCCAUGCGGGGCGUGUGCAGCGCGUCGUCGACAGCGUGGCCGCCCGGGCCCAGGCCGAUGUCUCCUCGCGCCUGCUUCGCCGGUAUCGCCCCUCCCAUCGGGAGCUGGCCAAUUUGGAGACACACCGGAGCCGGCGCCGGCAGCAGCUCCGGUCGCAGUCGACCGACUCGCGCCUCGAGCAGUCCCUGUCCAGCAUGUCGGUCGACACGUCGUCCUCGUCCGCCUCCUCUCGGCAUGGCGGCGCGGCCGGGGCCCACUACCCGCAUGGCGAUGAUGAUGAGCACAUGGAUGUCGAUGUGGCCAUCGUCCCGGCUGCCGGCAACAAGCCCGGUGCCACUUCGCCCCCGGUGACCGAGUCCUCGCCCCCGGCCCUCGGGUCUUCCGGCGCCGGGGGCGGUGGCGGUGGUGGUGGCAGCGCCAGCAACACCAGCAGCAGCAGCAGCACCAGCCAGCACGACCCGACGGUCAUCUACAAGAUCGCCGAUCUCGGCAAUGCCUGCUUCGUUGGGCACCCCUUCACACGGGACAUCCAAACCCGGCAGUACCGCGCGCCGGAGGUCAUCAUCGAGGCUGGCUACAGCACCCCGACCGACAUGUGGUCCUUCGCGUGCAUGGUUUUCGAGCUGGCCACCGGGGAUUUCCUCUUCAACCCGCGAGCUUCCUCCUCCAAGUCGUACUCGCGCGAUGACGACCACCUGGCCCUGAUGAUGGAGCUCCUCGGGCCCAAGUGCUUCCCGGCCCGGGUAGCCAUGGCCGGUCGUCGGUCGGCCGAGUUCUUCAUCCGGCCGGAGGGCUUCCCUGGCCCGGGCUCCGGCGGAGCGCAAGGUGGCGCCCGGGCCGGCGGUCGCUCGCGCGGCAGCCCCUCCCUCGUGGACAACCCGGCCGCCGAGGUGACCCCGGCCCUGCGGCGCGUGUCCACCCUCAAGUACUGGGACCUGUGCUCCGUGCUGCUGGAGGAGUACAACUUCGCCCGGCAUGAUGCCGAGUCCUUGGCCAACUUCCUCCUGCCCAUGUUGGAGAUGGAUCCCAGCCGCCGGGCCACCGCGGCUGAUAUGCUCCGCCACCCGUGGCUCUUCGAGGUGUGAGGAGUGGCCCC